GUGAGAGAGGCAGGAAGCCGCCUGCAGGCUGGGAGUGGUCGGACGUAUAAAAGACGACUCGUCUUCCUUCUUUCUGCAUUAGACCUCUCUCUCCCUCUUCUUCACACCCGAGACUCUACCUGCACAGGAUGUCGUGGGACUCAUACCUUGAUACCCUGAAGACAGUGGACACCAACACCGGGACCGUCCCAGUUGAGGAGGCAGCGAUCUGCGGGAUGGGUUCAGGGAGUGAGAGUGUGUGGGCCAGCACACCCGGCCUGAGGGGCAUCAAGCCAGAGGAAAUUAAGAGGUUGGCCGGUAGGAGGGAUGAUUUCGGCCAGAGCGGCCCGUUCAUCGCGGGAAUAAAGUGCAGGAUGAUCCGAGAUAACAUGGAUGAUGACAAGAUGUACAGCCUGGACUUAAAGACUGCAAAAGAUGCUGAAGGCAACACCUACAACGUGUGUGUCGGCAAGAGCAAACAAGCUCUAAUCAUCGCUAAAGGAACAAAAGACGCCACCGGCGGGCAGCUCGCCGCAAAGGUGUUCACUGUCGUCAAGUACCUGCGAGAGGCCAAUUAUUAACACAACAUACUCCACCGACCCCUCCUGGACCCACCAAACAAGAUGGCUGCCCCCCGCCCCCCCACCCCUCGCCUCCUCCUCCUCCUCCUCCUGAGUUUCUUUGUGUAUCUUCUUCUUCUCUGUGUAUUUUUCUGCCAUCAGGGAAAAAUAAAGUGUUUAAAGUUUUAUUCACGUAGUGAACGAGUGAUGAACGUGAACACACACACACACACACUGUGUGUGUGUGUUGAAGCACGUUCACACCUGAGCUGACUGCACACCUGUGGUGGUGUUGUUUAAAACAGGGAGCCAGUGUUACAUUGUUUACAGUGGAGAUGGACCCGCGUCCAAUCACAGCUGUGUAAAGAAAAAUCACCUGAAACACCUGAAAAAUAAAAAGAGCAACAUGUUUA